AAAAAAUAUUUAAGAAUAAAACAACAUUCAAUUUUUCCUCAAAAUUUUCAAAGCAUCAAUCUGCGAAAAACAACAAAACAAAAAAGAAAUCAAUCAACAAUGGUAUUUGGUAUAAAAUUUGCUCCAUUUUCUAUACCAUUUAGACGCCGGUUACAAACAUUGGCCAUAUAUUUAUCAAUGUAUAUUCCAUUUUGUGGAAUAAUUUCAUCAAUAAUAUUAUUUCGUUUAUUAUAUACACAAUAUUAUUAUAUAACAUUAUUGUAUUUAUUUUGGUGGAUAUUUGAUCAUGAAACACCAAUACGUGGUGGACGAAGAAUAAAUUGGUUUCGUAAUUUACCAAUAUGGCGUUUAUAUGCAGAAUAUUUUCCCAUUCGUUUGAUUAAAACAGUCGAUAUACCAUCGAAUCGUAAUUAUAUAUUUGGUUUACAUCCACAUGGAAUAUUAUCAUUUUCACAUAUUACUAAUUUCUUAACGGAAGGAACAAAUUUUUCUAAAUUAUUUCCCGGUAUUAUACCACAUUUGGUUACUAUUAAUAUGCAAUUUAAAUUACCAAUACAAAGGGAUUUAUUUUUAUGUGCCGGUGCAUGUUCAGCAUCCAAAGAAAGUUGGAAUUAUAUUCUUAGAAGAAAAAAAGGAACCGGUAAUGCUGUUUGUGUUGUAAUAGGUGGUGCACGUGAAGUAUUGGAUACCAUACCAAAUACAAUGAUAUUAACAUUGAAAAAUCGUAAAGGUUUUGCACGUGAAGCAUUAGAAAAUGGAGCAUCACUUGUACCGGUUAUAUCGUUUGGUGAAAAUGAACUUUAUCAAACAAUGCAUCAUGAAGAAAUGAGUACCGGGAAAAAAAUACAGGAAAAAUUAUAUAAAUUAUUAACAUUUACUCCUCCAUUAUUUUUCGGUCGUGGAGUUUUUCAAUAUUCAUUCGGUAUAAUGCCAUAUCGUAAAGAAAUUUUUACAGUCGUUGGUAAACCAAUCGAUGUAGAAAGAAUAUCAUAUCCUACCGAUGCACAAAUUGAUGAAUUACAUGAAAAAUAUAUUCAACAAGUAAUCAAUCUAUAUGAUGAACAUAAAAAUAAAUAUGGUUAUGGUGAUAUUCCAAUCAAAAUUAAAUGAA